GCCAGCGCGCAGCCCGCCCGGCGCCGGCAAGCUGGGUCUUGGGAAUGCUGCUUCGCCCUGGCUCGCUCGCUUGUACAAACUCCUGGAUCUUACAUGCCUCUGUAACCCCCCACUUCCACGCCAUGUCCCCAUGCUCCUGCGCCGGCAACAGGACCUGUUCUCUGGAUGUCAGCUGAGUUACUAAGGUGACUCUGCACGCCAGGAGAGAGACCUUGGUAGAAAGAACCUUAAGGCUCUUGGAGACCCCCAUCUCUCCUUCUUUUCUGUGUGUGUGGGUCUUCACUGAACAUUCAAACCUGUUUCUCCAAAGGGUUUUGCAAAAACUCAGACUGUUUUCCAAAGCAGAAGCGCUGGCGUCCACAGCAGAAGUGAUGGGCAGCGUACGCACCAACCGCUACAGCAUCGUCUCUUCGGAGGAGGACGGCAUGAAGCUGGCCACCCUGGCGGUGGCCAAUGGCUUUGGGAACGGAAAGAGUAAAGUCCACACUCGACAGCAGUGCCGGAGCCGCUUUGUGAAGAAGGACGGCCACUGCAACGUGCAGUUCAUCAACGUGGGCGAGAAGGGCCAACGGUAUCUGGCGGACAUCUUCACCACGUGUGUGGACAUCCGCUGGCGGUGGAUGUUGGUUAUCUUCUGCCUGGCUUUCGUUCUCUCCUGGCUGUUUUUCGGCUGCGUGUUUUGGUUGAUAGCGCUGCUCCACGGGGACCUGGACGCAUCCAAGGAGAGCAAAGCGUGCGUAUCCGAGGUCAACAGCUUCACGGCCGCUUUCCUCUUCUCCAUCGAGACGCAGACCACCAUAGGCUACGGCUUCCGCUGCGUCACAGACGAGUGCCCCGUGGCUGUUUUCAUGGUGGUCUUCCAGUCCAUCGUGGGCUGCAUCAUCGACGCCUUUAUCAUUGGCGCGGUCAUGGCCAAGAUGGCCAAGCCCAAGAAGAGAAACGAGACCCUGGUCUUCAGCCACAACGCCGUGAUCGCCAUGAGGGAUGGCAAGCUCUGUCUGAUGUGGCGGGUGGGCAACCUUCGGAAAAGCCACCUGGUGGAAGCUCACGUGCGAGCACAGCUCCUCAAAUCCAGGAUUACUUCCGAAGGGGAGUACAUCCCCCUGGAUCAAAUAGACAUCAACGUCGGCUUUGACAGUGGCAUUGACCGCAUAUUUCUGGUGUCCCCCAUCACCAUCGUCCACGAGAUAGACGAGGACAGCCCUUUAUACGAUUUGAGCAAACAGGACAUCGACAACGCGGACUUUGAGAUCGUGGUGAUACUCGAAGGCAUGGUGGAAGCCACGGCCAUGACCACGCAGUGCCGGAGCUCGUACCUGGCCAACGAAAUCCUCUGGGGCCACCGCUACGAGCCCGUCCUCUUCGAGGAGAAGCAUUACUACAAAGUAGACUAUUCGAGGUUCCACAAGACUUACGAAGUACCCAACACUCCCCUUUGUAGCGCCAGGGACUUAGCGGAGAAGAAAUACAUCCUCUCCAGCGCUAAUUCCUUUUGCUAUGAAAAUGAGGUUGCCCUCACAAGCAAAGAGGAAGAAGACAGUGAAAACGGGGUCCCAGAGAGCACGAGUACGGACACACCCCCUGACAUAGACCUUCACAACCAGGCAAGUGUACCCCUAGAGCCCAGGCCCUUACGGCGAGAGUCGGAGAUAUGACUAAUUCCUCCUCGGGAAUAGUUACUUUGAAACGCAGUCUGUUGGUCAAAGGCCCAAAGCAGUUACGCAGACGACGGUACUGGUGAAGAGGUGGUUUGAGACAAGUGACCACGAGGGACUGAGGCUAGCACGAUGCUUUCAAAGAAAGACUGUAGGCUCAGAGAUGAACCUAAAGCACUAAACAUGCCUGCCCCCCCGUGACCCGAUGGCACAUAACACGUUGUAGAAUAAGUUAUGGGAUGUUUAUGUCUUGUCUUGUGUUUUCGUACCAAACUUGAACUUGCAGGCAAGCCUUGGUUGGUUGGGUAUUUGACGUCUCCAGAAUGCUUCUCUUUAGGGAACAAGAAUGUUUUUAAAUGGCAUCACAUUUUUAAAUGUUUUCAAGGCAAGACUCUGCCUUAACUUUUGAAAAGCUGCUAACUACACGAACACACAUUGUACUGUUGCAGUGUAGUUUUUCUUGUGUGUAAUUUAAAAAGUCAGUGUUGAACUUUCUUGAGAGCUCAUGGUAUGCGCUUCAAAGUGGCAGGUAUUUGGCUGUUAGUUGCCAAAACGAGAGCCUGAUUUUUUGAGGCCAGUAAUUUGUUUGCUAGAAUUGAUUUCUCUCUCUCUCUGUCUCUCUCUGUCUCUCUCUGUCAAUCUCUUUCCGGUUACAUAAGGGCAUUAUGUAACACUAGCCAAAUGGUAGCCUCUGGGUUGUUGUUAUUGGUUUUUUUUUUUUUCUCCAUGAUGUUAAUGGGUGAUCUCAAAUUUUAAGUUAGACUACCUGAAAUAAAUACCAAAGAGAAUGCACAUUUUUGCACAGUGGAGCUUAUACUAAAAAGGAAAGAAAGCCCCACGGCUGCCUUGAAAUCAAGAGACAAUAACUUUGAACCUCAGCAAGACCAUGAACUGCCCUCUCCUUUUGCACCUUAUUCAGAAAACAGAACAUCACACACACAGUCGAGUAAGUGCCGUGCUUUACGUCUCUGUUCCUUCAUGUAACUUUCACGUUAUAGGAGGAAGAAGACAGGGGAAGAAAAAUUCACACGCACGCGAUAUAAACAUCUUUUCUUUCCUUCGAGGUGGUGCUAGCCAGGUGAACGCAUACGACGUUGAGAGACGGUGAUGUGCCCUUAGAUUUUUUUCUGGGUUUUUCCAUUUUUUGCACAUUCCAAAAUUUAUUCCAGAAGACAAGACCUAGGUUGAAAUGAGUUGGCAUCCUUGAUGCUGAGCCAUCCAGCUUGAAAGAUCAAUAGGUUUAUACCCCUGUGGCUGAAUUCCUUGCCCUGACAGCUGGUACAUCUCCAGCUUAACUGCAUCUUCCAAAAGAUGCCACGCCUGGCCUCUAGGCUGGCUCUUACGAUCAGGCUGUCUGGACUGAGUCCUACAGCAUACGAGGGGGCUGUGAAUGCCGAAGUGGGAAGGUGGGAAGAUGCCGAAGAGCCAUUUUGACGUAGCUCAUCAGCUCAAGUAUUCAGGAGGGAGGGGAACAUUGCUUUUUUUUUUUUUUUUUCUAAUGGUACAGAGUAGGAAUGAAAAUGUCUCAGUAAUUUAGGGUCAACAAGAGCCGUAGAAAUUCUAAGAGACUCACGAGUAAAGGAGAUAAUGAUCUAAAAGGGUCCUUUCCCCUUGAUGGAUGCACGCUCAUGAUUGAAUCCGAGCUGAUCCCUUUUGCCCGUGGAGCCCUAGAGCAGGCUACUUAGGGCACAUUGUUUUCCAGAAGCCUCUCCCGCCUGGCUGCCUGACUUGCUAGAAACAUUUUGUUUUGUCUUGUUUUCCGCUCUAGCUCAACAUAAUGGAACUCUCUUUUGGUUUAAAGUUCCUUAUUUGUGAAUUCUGGGGUUGCUGACUUUUCUUUUUAAUUGGCGUCUCAAAAUCAACUCUCUUACGGUAUUAUAUCCCUGUAUGCCAUUAAAAAACAGCUUGUUCUAGAAUCCUGUAUUUUGUAAACUGUUGUCUGUGAUGGUCUCUGGUUCUUGAACAGCCAUAUCUGAAUGCGGUGCCUGCAAUAAUCGGACAGCCUCUGCUGUCCUCAGCCUUCAGAGUCGAUGGGUUUGAACACUGUGGAGUUAUUUUCACUGAAACCAAGUUAGAGAUAUCAAGCAAGUGGAUGUUAUUUUAAGUCCAAACUUAAAGGCAGAUUAGGGAAGUUGUUUAGAGAGUUGGAGGGAUUGCGUGGAUACAGAAUUUUCAUUCUUCUGUAAAUGGCAAGUGUUCGGCCAUUGACAGAGGAUGCUGAUGGUUUCAGCUGCUGCUACUUCGAUAUUUUUGCAAAGGAAAAUAAUCAAACCAAAGAGUAUUCAAUGGUCUAUAAAUUAAAUGAUGAUUCAGUGGAGAAUGGGGGUGACCACAGAAAAGGCACCUUCCCAUCACACAGCUCUGCCACUUAAAAAGACUUGAGAUAUUUGAAAGGGGGUGGGUAGGGGGCAAGAAUGAGGGAGGGAACUCUUGCAACUUCUUUCUGAAAAAGAGAAAAAAAAAAUCUAAAAUUUCUGGUGCACAGGUUUGUUUUUUUUUUUUCAAGAAAAUUUUGCAGAAGCUAUGUUUUUAAAGUGUACAUUUUAUAAAGUUUAUCAGAUAUUUUCAUAUUUAAAGCCAAAUGUAAAUAGAAAUGUAAAGGGAAAAAAGUUGCCAUAGAAAGUAUGAUUUCAGUGCAGCCAUUUCUGAGAGCUAGUACCUAUAUGCUACCGGUUAGCAUGGUUUUAGCAAAUAUUUACCAGCCUUAUAAGGUUCGUAUUGCUAUGUUCUUCUGUUAUUUAUUUCAGCAUGGACUGUUGAUUUGAAAGCUUUUUCUAGUUAUUAGUAUUUUCACAGUGACAAGCUUUAAAUGGCAAUUUUUUUUUUUUUUUUGUCAAGAGCCAAGACACAGGUAAUGCACAACGGUUUUUGUUUUUGUUUUUGUUUUUGCUGCAUUUUACCUUCAAAACAUUUGUCAUUGACUGGGUUUCCUUAAUUAGUGCACACAUGUCAUUAGAAUGCAGGUUGAAGAGACUCACUGUGAAUAUCUGGGGUCUGUUCCGGGAUCUGUGUUGGCUUCUCCGUGACAAGCAAACCCCCACUGAAUUUACUUAGGAAUUAUUCCCUUUUAAAGAAUUUUUGCCCAUAUCUGGAUGGGCAUUAUAUUUUUGGGAGGGGGACUAGAUUCCUGGUUAUCCUAUUUUUAAAGAAAAGGUAGACAAAGUGAAUUCUAUUUUGAUUAUUGAGAAAGGAAUAGUUUUCUAUCCCUCUAAGAGUAUACUUGAAUCAGACAUUUUAAGGAUGUCACCCAUAACUCUGAAACCAUUUCCAAAUUCCUGGUGAAAGUUUGUUUUAUCUUUUUUUUUUUUCAAUUCUAUCAAUGCAUUAUUUCUUCCCUUCACUUCCUUUCUUCCCUGUCAACUCCCACCUCAAACCUUGAUGUUUAUUCAAUGAGUUCUGUCCCCUAAAUCACGUCACUCUUACAAAAAACAAAUGUUGGUUCAUAUUGGAUGAUAAGCCACUCAGUAAAGGUAAAAAGCUUGUUCUGAGAAACAGAGUGAGUGUUUUUUCACUCUGUGUCCAAUAAUGUUAAGGUGAAAAAAAAAAAAGAAGAAAAAAAAAGUGCUGCAGAGUCACUCACUCCCAACUAGAAUCCCUUUUCUAGUUAUGUUGGGUUUCAGCUCUGGGGCUGCGGUGAAUUGAACAAUCCCGGCCUUUGACAAUCGUGAGAGUUAUUAUUUUCCCGUUUGCUGUCUUUUUGUAUCUAAAGUCUUCCUAAUGUACUGCACAAACCAUGGAUUGUACAUAUUUUUAUAUAUUAUGUCUUAUUUUAUUAUUUCUAAAUAAAAAAUUAAAAAUUGAAAACAAA